AUGUACCUGGGUAUCAACACGCACACAAAACCCAACAGUAAGAUCCCUGCCUGUCCACAGGCGACCCAACCCAAGAUCUCGGUGUGUCCAACCCUUCACAGGCGGCCACACAACCCAACCACACCAACCCCCAGAUACCUGGGUAUCAACACAACCCAACCACACCAACCCCCAGAUACCUGGGUAUCAACACAACCCAACCACACCAACCCCCAGAUACCUGGGUAUCAACACAACCCAACCACACCAACCAGAUACCUGGGUAUCAACACAACCCAACCACCACCAACCCCCAGAUACUGGGUAUCAAACAAACCCCAACCACACCAACCCUCAGAUGCCUGGGUAUCAACCCAACCCAACCACACCAACCCCAGAUACCUGGGUAUCAACACAACCCAACCACACCAACCCCCAGAUACCUGGGUAUCAACCCAACCCAACCACACCAACCCCAGAUACAUUCAACACAACCCAACCCAACCACACCAACCCCCAGAUAUUUGGGUAUCAACACAACUCAACCACACCAACCCCCAGAUACCUGGGUAUCAACACAACCCAACCCCAACCAACCCCCAGAUACCUGGGUAUCAACACAAACCCAACCACACCAACCCCCAGAUACCUGGUAUCAACCCAACCACACCAACCCCCAUACCUGGGUAUCAACACAACCCAACCACACCAACCCCCAGAUACCUGGGUAUCAACACAAACCCAACCAACCAACCCCCAGAUACCUGGUAUCAACCCAACCCCACCAACCCCCAGAUGCCUGGGUAUCAACCCAACCCAACCACACCAACCCCCAGAUACCUGGGUAUCACACCCAACCCAACACACCCAACCCCAGAUACCUGGGUAUCAACACAACCCAACCACACCAACCCCCAGAUACCUGGGUAUCAACACAACCCAACCACACAACCCCCAGAUACCUGGGUAUCAACACAACCCAACCACACCAACCCCCAGAUACCUGGGUAUCAACACAACCCAACCACACCAACCCCCAGAUACCUGGGUAUCAACACAACCCAACCACACCAACCCCCAGAUAUUUGGGUAUCAACACAACCCAACUUCCACCACCCGACUCUCUGUGUCCCUCCCAGGGACCUGACCCCUUCUCCUGCCAAGCCCAGAGGUCCUGAAUGCAUUCCCUUCAACUUUUGGCAUUGGGUUCACCUCCUACCCCAAGACCCCAACACCUGGGCUCCUCAAGACCCCAACACUUGGGCUCCCCAAGACCCCAACACCUGGGCUCCCCAAGACCCCAGACCCGGACAGCCAUUGACCCCACACUAG